GCCUAUUUGAAAUUGCGGGGCGAGCUCCAGCUCCUUGCCCUUCAUCUUAGCUUUCAGCCAGAUGAUUGAGCCCUCUCAUGUCUAUUUUUAAACCCUUUUAUGAAGUUUGCAUCCUCUCUGCCAUUAUUCAGCUCAUUCCACUUUACUAUGUAACAAACCACCACCUGAAGUCCAAUGUUAAUUUUUCAAUGUAUGAUGUCAAAAUCAGAAAUAUACACAACCGACAUGUGGGAGACUGAAGCUUUUAAAGAUGUUAUGUCAUAGGUUUGUCUCCUGUGUGCAGAAGACUAAAACUUAUGAUGUGUUUGUCUCUUACAUGUGGGUUUUUUUGUGUAUUGUUCCAGUACCAGUAUUGUACCUCUUUGUUCUUCGAAAUGAGAAACAUGGUCAUUGUGAAUGUACUAGCUUCCCCCUGGACAAAAUAAAGUACAGUAGCAGAUGCCUUAUCAGAGAUGUUUGCAUAAUCAUUUGUUAUAUGGCAGGAGGAAUAUUUUGCUGAUAGAAGACAAAUGAUUACAUACAGUAAUUUAUCUUCCUGAAGACAUAAGUGAAAUCCUGAAAUAUUUUUCAAGGCUUUUGCUGAAAGCUUUAGAUGAUACAGACAGAAUAUAACUGGUGAGAAUUCUGAGCUUGUUGUAUUUCAUUAGGAUGCUAAUUGCUGAAAUAUUUAGAUUUUUGUUGAAUAAUUGUAAUUAGUGCAUUGGCAAUGUAUUCAGGCAUCUCUCUAAUUUUUCUUAGUAAUAUAAAAGCAUAUGGCUUGGGAAUUUGUUGCCUAUUCUUAUAAUUGUCAUAUUAAGUUGCUGAGAUAUUGUGUAGUAUUUGUAAAAUAAACAUAGCAGGUAUAGUAACAGUAGUUAGUGUGCUGGUGCCCCCUCCCAUCCUAGCAGAUGAGGACUUUGGAGGAGAUGCAGAAAUACCUGAAGAUAUGCAAGCCCAGCUCCUUGAGGACUACCAACGAGAGUGUGAAGAGAAAGGGAAGAAAAUUUCUGAUAGUGAAGGGAAAGAAAAGGACACAACUGAUAAACAUGAACCAAAAGACAAAGUUAUAAACAAAGUAACAGAAAAAGAUGUAAUUUCAUCAAAAAAUAGCUCAAAUUCAAAAUCUGAUAGCAAUGCAACAGUCCUAUUGGAGGAGCUCAAAGUGGAUUUAGCAAAAACUUCAGAUACCACCAGUAAGCCCUCUCCUUCAUCAACAGAGAGUAAUGAAGAUGAGUGGAAAAAGUUGAUGCCACUGAUGCGCAAACUCUCAUGCCUCUACCUCGUCCAAUAGAGCAACAAGACUGAAAAAUCUGAUGAUUCUAAGGGUGAAGACUGGGAAAACUGGGACUGAGGAGCUAAGACAGCAAGGUAUGAUACUCUCCAGAAACAAAGCCUUGUAUGAAACGACUGAGAUGGUUCGUUUUGUGGCUAGCCUUGUUGAUACUGUAAUUUCCUGUAGUCUUACCUCUUAGGCAUCAUAUUGUUUUAUGUUUACUUUUUAAACUUUAUCAACUUUAUUCACAUUGUUUUGUUCACUAUUAACAUCAGCACAUUUACCGUAGUCAUGUAGCUUAUAUAUAAUGAGUAAUUUAAAA